AUGGAUAGAACUCUUCACCUUGAAACAAUUGUUAUUUCACGCAUUGAAGGCACCUACGCAACUCUUAAAGCAUACUUACAAACGUCGACUGAUGACCUUUAUCAGGUUUAUUUAUCAAUUACUUUAGCUGUAACUAACCAGAAAAAAGAAAUUAAUUCAAGAAUUGAAUGGGAAUGCAUUAAUAUUCUAGUUUUUGCAUACAACAAUUUGUUGUAUGCAAAUCUUAGAGGCAAAGUUUCAAUCUUUGCUCUCAAAAAAAUAAAUGACCAGUAUCAAAAAACUACUUCACGAGAACCAUUGCCACCAUGUACUAGAACUUUCUCAAGAACCAUGGGUUUGCUUUGCACCUAUUAUAUUCAAAAUUUUGAAGCAAACCAGAGCCUACUGCUCAAUGAUAUCCAUACACAUUGGUGGAUUCAAGGGCGCAUUUCAGUAACACAAAUUGAAGAAGGUAAUUCUUAUAAUGAAGACUUACUCCAGCCUCUUUUACAGAACCUAGAACAAAAAUAUCAUGAAUGGCUCGAACAUCAGCAAGUGGUAGCCAGAAAUGCAUUAAAUGACAUGAUAGAUAGUCCAUUAGUAUCUUUACAAAACCCCCACGUAGUUCGUACCAAGGGACAUCCUUUUGGUGCUCCAAAUCGACAACCAGCCAAUACAACAAGACGGGAUUCUUCUGGAUUUGAGUUUGUUGACUAUAAAGCAAGACAAUGUAGUAUUUGUAAACAAUUGGAUCACAAUGCUUGUACUUGUCCAAAUUGA